GUAUGUACGGAGCAGUCAGUGUGCGUCUACGGAGACAUUUCAGCUGCUAAAAACUCGUUUUCUAAAAUCCUUCAAAAUGGCAAAAAGCCUCCGGAGUAAAUGGAAGAGGAAGAUGCGAGCGGAGAAGAGAAAGAAGAACGCCCCUAAGGAGCUGGCCCGUCUGAAACAGGCUCUGGGUCGGGAUGUGAAGGGAGACGCUGCGAUGAGUGACAUGCAGGAGAUCGCCACUGUGGUGCCAGCUGACAAGAUCAAGAAGCAGGCCGACGCUGAUAUGAUAGAUACUAUGACCGAUGAUGGGAAAAUGGAUAUGGACGGCAAGCGCAGCAAGAAAACUCUGCUGGAUGAAAAUGGACAGUAUCCUACGUGGAUGAGCCAGCGACAGGCCAAGAAAAUGAAAGCCAAACGGAUGACAAAGAAAGGUGGUCAGGGCAAGCAGCAGAAGAAGAAGAAGGGUAUCGCCUGGUAAAAGCAAAAGGAAGCCAAAAGAUCU